AGCGAGGAAAUGAGCAAACCGUAAGUACUGUCAGAAAGUGAGAACGUUUACAUAUCUGUACUCAAAGCUCGUAGUGUACAGGUCCGAGUUGAAGGCAUUUUCGUGGUGGCUAGAAGAGUCAACAAGCCUCAUUUAGAGUGACUACCGACGAUCAACAGAGUAAUACUAUAGCUAGUAGCUCUGAUAUGAUUGAAGAAGAAUCAAAUGAGACAUAUAGUUGAAAGUGCCGAAGUAGGACGACAUAGCCACACCCGAACUCUCAUCAAGCUGGUUGUCGUCGCCCUUGUCAUCACCUGUAACUGAUCCUGUCGUGUUAUCCCAUACGCCUAGCUUGUUUUCUUUUCUCUAGCCUAAAGCUGGGUAGUUUGCCCGCAGGCCUCGAACCGCACGCAUAUAUCCACAGAUUUGGACUCAGACGACUCUUACUCAGUACCGCUUAAACCUAACAUGUCCUCAUCAUCCAAGACCGCCCGGGUAGAACAGGCGUCCGCUAGUAAACCCCCCUUCUUAACAAUGGGCGAGGUGACGCCGGAGGCCCUUCGAUCCUGGGAGAUGGGGUGCGCUCAAUUUUUUAUGCAUAAGAAUGUCCCGGAGGAAGACAUGGUGAAGAAGGUUGCGUGGGGUAUGCAAGACCCGCGCAUACAAGACUGGUACCUUAUGAACCAGGAGGAGAUCGACGCGAUGUCGUUUAAGAAGUACAUGGCCGAAGUACGCAACAUCUGGCUUCCAUUAGGCUGGGCAGACACCGUAAGGCGCAAAAUGUUAGCUUCCACUCAAGGACAACGACCCUUCAGCGAGUGGGCUAUCGAUGUGCAAAGUCAAACUAUUCUCUUGCGAGGGACAGCAUCACACCUUCCCGAUAUCAACAUUCUCUAUCAUCUCGAGUCGCACAUGAAUGCUGAGUUAGCUGUGGACUACCAUGCGGAGAAUGUUGAAGAAGGAGACCUGCGCAAGUGGAUUGAAAAGAUCCGCAUUCUCGAUGAAAAACGUCUGCGUUAUCUUGCCAGGCAGAAGGAAGCCGUGGAAGUUGCACUACGUGCUGAACGCGCUCGUUCUAAUGCCGAUAAGAAGUCCAAUGGAAAUACACGUUUCAGCUCAACGAGCGGCCGCAACACCUCCAAAGGGACUUCGAACAUAUCGAAAUCUUUCACUCGACUCCCAACUCUUACCGACACUGAACGCUAACUCUUACGUGAUAACGAUGGUUGCUUCAAAUGUCGCGAGCCAUUCGCUGGGCAUACGUUGACAAACUGCACUAAGGGAUUUCCCAACGCCAGCACCUACAAGACUCUCACACCCGCUUUGGUCACCGCAAAGAAGACUAAGAUGGGUAAAGAUGUUGUAGUAAUGCCGUCCGCUGCUCUAGGAGAUGGCACUGAU